GGAUAUUGACAUUUACCAGGUUGACGCACCAGCAAACACGUUUCCUCAUGAGCGAGUUCGCAAAACAACCCCACCCUGAUGCUGCCCACCGAGAAAGACUUUCGCGCGAGAUCCCGGGCCUGAGCCCCCGACAAGUCCAAGUUUGGUUUCAGAAUAGGCGAGCCAAGAUCAAGAGGCUCACAGCGGACGAUCGGGACCGUAUGAUCAAGAUGCGCGCAGUGCCCGAUGACUUCGACAAUGUUCAAGCACUGCAUUCGCCAUAUGGAGCGGUGCAUGGCUUGGGAACGCCGAUGGUAUCUCCAAACACCUUUGCUACUCCAUCGUAUGGAGAUCACGCCAUGAUGCGGCCAAUCCUGGCCGAUCCCAGCCGCCGGAUUGAAGGAGAUACUGGACUAUCUCCAGGAGCACUAGGCUCCAGCUUCGGUGCCCUUGGUGCAUACCAAUCGACUACGCCGCUACCCCCGGCAGAUUUGCCCUCGCCUCUGUCGACUUCACCCAACGAACGUAGAUACUUCUCCAGCCAGAUGACAAGCCCCUUGAGCGCAGGGCAAAGAACUUCAAAUCCAUACGGACGUGCCGCUGGCCCCGAAAGCGAGGGCCACUUGCAGACUAGUCCUCAAUCGAUGCGCUCGCUGCAACCACUUCAUCUACGCGAAACUCUGUCCCGAGCGAGAUCUGAGUCCAUCCAGUCCCCUCUUCGGUCGAGCAUGUCGUGGAAAGGGGAUUCGAUCGACUAUAACGCGUAUUCUGUCGGGCCCGGUAGCCCUAGUGGCCCCAAUCGCCAGCAGCCACUGUACCAAGCGGAUCACUACGAGACUAGCUCCUAUCUUCCAUCUUCCACAAACAUCAACUACUCGAGCGUUCCACCCCCGUCGCUGCACCAGCCGCAGCGAAGUCGGUCGACUCGACUACGGGCUGCAACAGCGUCUAUUCCGCUUGGCCUGGAUCUUCGCAACCAGUACAGGUCCAUGGCUGGGAACCAGGGUGUGCAGCCGCCGCACUCUGCCAUGAUUCAGCGAUCAAGCUCGACUGCUCCUUACGGCAGCUCUAGCAGCUUCCCAUCUGCGCCAUUGACUGCCCCGGUCGACUAUACUCAGCCGAGAACGCCGGGAAUCCGCACGUCUGGUGCUGACAGCUACUCCUUUCCCCAGAUGAGCGCGCCGAUUGCUCCGCCGCCCGAUUUCGGCCAAGCGAUGCACUCUGGCAGUGGUUUUGCGGCGAGCACCAGAACCCCUAUGAGGGAUUCCUUUGACAAUCACAGCCAUCUUAGCGGUGGUCAGCACACUGCUGCAGCUUCCGACGAUUUUGCCAAGACUCACGUCUGAUUUCAAGGUGUUACACAGAUAGGCUGGCACAUACACAGCCCUUGUGUUAUACAACAGGCACUUCUCUAUGCCGUCUAGCAACAUUUGGCUGUACAGGCAGCACCGUUCACAAAUACUCCAUUGCGCUUUUGGCCGCACGCGUUCAAGUAGA